AUGUGGUUGCAGGCGGCGCUGAGCCUGGCCGCGUGGGUUACCGCCGCCGUGGCAGACGACAGCAAGGAUCUGGGCUCGGUGCUGGCUGCCAACAAGAACCUCACCAAGUUUUACGAAUUGAUCAAGAAAUAUCCAGACGUCUUGCUGGAGCUGCCGAGUGACAAUGGAGUGACGAUUGUCGCGCCGUCAGACAAGGCCAUGGCCAACAUUGCCUACACGGCGCUCCAGCCGCUCUGGGACGACGACGACAAGGACAAGACGACGGCCAUCCUGCAGUACCACGUCCUCGACGGCGCCGUGUCCGCGGCCGCCCUGCGCGACGGGCCGACGUACCUCGAGACCAGCCGCCUGACGAGCCCGGCGCUGACCAACGUCACCGCCGGCCAGGGCGUGCUCGUCACCCGCCAGCGCGACGACGUCGUCUUCACCAGCGGCGGCGGCAGCCGCAGCAGCCUGGUCGAGGCCGACAUCCCCUUUGCCGGCGGCCUAGUCCAGGUCGUCGACAACCUGCUCGUGCCGCCGGCGCAGCUGGCCGGGACCGCCGACGCCUUCGGGGCCCGGUCGUUCCUGGGCUCGCUGUACGCCGCGCGCCUGAUGCCCGCCCUCGCCGUGCGCCGGGACGUGACCAUCUUUGCGCCGCUCGACGACGCGUACGGCCUCGUCGGCGGCACGCUCAGGGGCCUCAACGCCUCCCGCCUCGCCCGCGUCAUGGGCUACCACGUCGUCCCGGGCCGGGUGCUCUCGUCGGCGCAACUGGCCAACGGCACGGGCUACGACACGCUCGCCACCGACGCCGCCGGGAAGCCGGCGCGCGUGCUGGUGCGCCAGGAGGGCAACAGCAAGUUUGUCAACGCGGCGCGCAUCGUCCAGCCGGACAUCUUGCUGGCCAACGGCAUCAUGCACAUCAUUGCCAACGUCUUGAACCCGGAUGCGGAGCGCGCCGCGCCGGACCCCAGCGCCGCCACGCAGGCGCCUGCCUUUGCCGUCUCGACCGUGUCCGGCGUGUUUACCAGUGAUUUGCCCUGUACGGCCGACUGUCCGGCUACUACUACUGCUGCGACGGCGACGGGCGGCGCUGAUUCAUCUGGGGCCACGCCCACGACCACCAGUUCGUUGUUUAGUAGCACUUCUCGCGGAGGGGGGGCCAGGUGUACCGCGCAUGUGGUUGGCGCUGCUGUUGGCAUGGUUGGUUUAGGCGCUGGCGUGGCGUGGAUGUAG